AUGUCUAGCUCUUCUCGUCACAAAAGAGCACAUUCAAACUCUUCUGGAAUGUCAAAUGCCUUUUCUUUGGCUUCUUUUGAUUCAUUUUCAUCAGACCUAAGCCAUGAUGGUUUAUUAAAUAAUAAUCAAGCUUCUGGCAGCUCAGCACACAAUACAGAACGUUCUGGUCCUGAAUUACACAACAUUUCAAUUGAUUUAAAAGACAUUGAUGAGAUUAGACGAUAUGAGGACUUUUCAACUAUUGACUGGGUCGAAGAUGCUGCUAGAGAAAAUCUUAAACGACGUCUUAAAAUAAAACGGCUACGUGAAAGAGCUCGACUAGACCCUAGAAACCUUGAAAGCGGAACAAGAAGACACAACUACCAAUCACGCGUAUUUUCUUUUCUUUCUGAUUCUCUAUCGGCAGCUCAGGCAUGGAUAGUACUCACUAUAAUUGGUUGUGUCUUGGGAGCUCUCGCGGGAUCGGUAAACAUUAUCACUGAAUGGCUUUCUAAUUUACGAACAGGUCACUGUACAUUAGGUAUCUACCUAAAUCAAGAGUUUUGUUGUCCAGGAGGUCAAGAGUCCUGCGCAGAAUGGAAGUCAUGGACUGGCUUUGUAGUGACUGAUUAUAUUACUUACAUUCUUUUCUCAACAAUUUUUGCAUUCACAGCUGCAUAUCUCGUCAAAUUUUACGCACCAUACGCAGCAGGUUCCGGUAUUUCAGAAAUCAAAUGCAUUAUUGCCGGCUUUGUAAUGAAUGGUUUUUUGGAGUUUCCCACAUUAGCAAUUAAAAGUUUGGCUCUUCCCCUAACCAUUGCUUCUGGACUUAGCGUCGGAAAAGAAGGACCUAGUGUACAUUAUGCUGUGUGUGUGGGUAAUGUCAUUGGAAAUAUGUUUUCAAAAUAUCGACACAAUAGUUCAAAAAUGCGUGAAAUUUUGUCUGCAUGCACAGCUGCUGGUGUAGCUGUUGCUUUUGGAAGUCCAAUGGGUGGUGUUUUAUUUUCGAUAGAAGAAGUUGCCUCCACGUUUCAAAUCAAAACAAUGUGGAGAAGUUAUUUUUGUGCGCUUGUCUCUACAAUUGUUUUAGCUGGAAUCAAUGCUUUCCGCACAGGUCAAAUCGUAUUAUUUUCGGUUAGUUAUGAUCAAGACUGGCAUUUUUUCGAAAUAGUUUUUUUCAUCAUUCUUGGACUGUUUGGAGGCGUUUUCGGAAUAUUUCUCAGCAAGUGGAACCUUCGGGCACAAGGAUUUCGCAAGAAGUACCUGGCUAACUAUGCCAUCCAGGAAGUGGUUUUCCUGGCAUUCAUUACAGCCGUCAUUUGUUAUUUUAAUGCUUUCCUUCGCUUAGAUAUGACUGAAAGUAUGCAGAUACUUUUCCGAGAAUGUGGAAAUGGAUUUGAAGAAAGUUUUGUUUGUGAUAAGUCUCAGCGUGGCCGUGUCAUCAUGUCAUUGAUAUUUGCAAUUAUUAUCCGCACAUUUCUUGUUAUUAUUUCAUAUGGCGCCAAAGUCCCAGCUGGUAUUUUUGUUCCUUCAAUGGCAAUCGGCGCUAUUUUUGGCCGUAUUGUGGGCACUGUUGUUCAAUCUCUUCAUGAUACAUAUCCCUCCAGUUCAUUUUUUGCUGCAUGCCCACCAGAUGGUCCUUGUAUCACUCCAGGGACAUAUGCAUUUCUUGGAGCUGGGGCCGCAUUAAGUGGCGUUUUACAUAUUACUGUCACAGUGGUAAUAAUCAUGUAUGAGCUUACAGGUGCUUUGACUUAUAUUAUACCAACAAUGAUUGUUGUUGGAGUUACACAAGCAGUUGGUGAUAGAUGGGGUAAAGGUGGCCUUACCGACCAAGCAAUUUGGUUCAACGGAUUUCCCUUUAUUGAUACAAAAGAAGAACAUAUUUUUAAUGCUCCUGUCAGCAAAGCCAUGGCUCGCGAAAACCUAAUUGUUUUCACAACUACCGAAAUGACGUUGGCACAAGUCGAAAAAAUCCUUGCUGAAACAACACACAGAGGUUUCCCUAUUGUUGACGGACUAGAUACCAAAUAUUUGUUAGGUUACAUUGGCCGUUCAGAAUUAAAAUAUGUUAUUCAAACAAAACGGUCACAGGGUCAGUCACUUUCUCCAAACGCCAAAUGUUACUUUUCAUCUGCGACUUUUGAUCGUAGUGCUCGUCAUGCUCGUAGAUCAACUGAGCAUGGGUCUAAUAUUGGCAGCAAUAGCUCUAAUUCAAACAGCAACAUGAUUAUGUCAAUUAGUUUUGAAAAAUUUGUUAACUUUACACCGAUAACUGUACAACCACAAGUUCCACUGGAAACGGUUAUGGAGAUUUUCUCACAACUGGGACCUGGAGUUGUUUUAGUGGAUUACCAAGGAAAACUUUGUGGCCUUAUGAGCCGAAAAGAUAUUCUUCGAUACCAAUUUAAAGUUGAGCAUAUUUACGCACCAAAAGAGCGAGCUCUUGAUCGAUCAGCUGCACAGCAGGUAGACCAAAAAGUUUGGGAGACAAUUGUUUGGUUUGUUUCUCUGACGUACAAGUGGAUUGCUAGAGCGAUUCCAACAAGCAUUUUAACUCGGCUUGGAGUGGGCCAUGGUUAUGAGUUUACUAAUGGCAAUUCUUCAGGUGGAAUUACUCUACAGCCGUCGGUGUCCUCAUCUUCAUUAAGAUGGCAACCAGAGAAUCCAGUUUCAAACUAA